AUGACAAGAAUCCAAAAGGCAAAAGAAGCCGCGAGAGAGAUGAGAUAUCGCCAAUGGCUUGGUCGGCAUUCACCGGCAUCCGUGUCACCAGCUCUUGUGGAAACAUCACACCAGACAUAUCCCGGUGCCCACGAAGCAGACUCCAAGAGUGAGGUCAAACAAGACACAAGGAAGAGACUCAGAGUCGAAGAGACACCCGAAGAAGCGAAUGAACCGAGCACCAAGGCAACGAAACACAAGGAUACUAACAGCAGCGCAGGCGAAGAGACAAGUUGA